UUUAUGAGGGUAAAAAGUCUGUUUGGCAAUGGCAGCAAAAUUAAUUAAGGAACACAACACCAAUGUUUUACAGAGCCUCGAAAAAGGAGAUAUGGUGGAGAUCAAAAGGAGUUUUUCAUACUCACACUGGGCGGUGUAUGUAGGUGACGAAAAGGUCAUUAACUUGACAGGGGAUGACAAUAAUUGGUCUUCUGCAUUUAACACCGUUGUCAAAUUGGAAGACUUUUGGAAAGUUGUAGAUGGCUGCAAAUGCUAUCAACGUUAUUCCAAAAAUAAGAAAAUGAGGUUUCAUUUGAUAGAAAAAGUCUGUUUGACAAAGGCAGCAAUAUCAAUAGAGGAACACAACACCAGAGUUUUACAGAGCCUUGGUGAAGGAGAUUUAGUGGAGAUCGAUAGGGGAUUUUACUCACACUGGGCGGUGUAUGCUGGUGGUGAAAUGGUCAUUCACUUGACAAGUGAUUACAAUAAUGAGUCUUCUGCAUUUAGCAAUUAUGGUAGUGUGUUAACCACCUGUGGUGAUCCAUUUGACAAGGCGUAUGUCAAAUUGGAAGAAUUUUCGAAGGUUGUAAAGGGCGACAAAAGCUUCAAAAAUAAUUCCAAAGAUACAAAAAUGCGGUAG